GACGCACACCUGGCUCGCGGGGCUCCGGCACACCUGGCUCGCGGGGCUCCGGCACACCUGGCUCGCGGGGCUCCGGCACACCUGGCUCGCGGGGCUCCGGCACACUUGGCUCGCGGGGCUCCAGCACACCGGCCGGCUUCAGAGUUAGUGUGAUCUGAACUCAAGGCAAAGGUGGGACAGCAUGGCAUCUCUCUGGGUGGGACACCGAGGGACAGUGCGCGAUUACCCAGGCUUUAGCCCGUCAGUGGAUGCCGAGGUGAUUCGUAAGGCAAUCCGGGGAAUUGGGACUGACGAGAAAACGCUCAUUGGCAUUCUGACCGAGAGGUCACACGCACAGCGGCAGCUGAUCGUUAAGGAGUAUCAAGCAGCGUACGGAAAGGAACUGAAAGAUGACCUGAAGGGCGAUCUCUCUGGCCACUUCGAGCAUCUCAUGGUGGCCCUCGUGACUCCCCCAGCAAUGUUUGAUGCGAAGCAGCUGAAGAAGUCCAUGAAGGGUGCUGGAACAAAUGAAGAUGCAUUGAUUGAAAUCUUAACCACCAGGACAAGCAGGCAGAUGAAGGAAAUCGCUCAAGCCUACUACACAGUCUACAAGAAGAGUCUUGGAGAUGACAUUAGCUCGGAAACAUCUGGGGACUUCCGGAAAGCUCUGUUGACUUUGGCAGAUGGCAGAAGAGAUGAAAGUCUAAAAGUGGAUGAGCAGCUGGCCAAAAAGGAUGCCCAGAUUCUCUACAAUGCUGGUGAGAACCGCUGGGGCACGGAUGAAGACAAAUUCACGGAGAUCCUGUGUCUGAGGAGCUUUCCCCAGCUAAAACGAACAUUUGAUGAAUACAGAAACAUCAGCCAGAAGGACAUUGAGGACAGCAUAAAAGGAGAAGUAUCUGGGCAUUUUGAAGACCUACUACUGGCCAUAGCUCGUUGUGCAAGGAACACGCCUGCCUUUUUAGCUGAAAGACUGCAUCAAGCUUUGAAGGGCGCUGGAACCGAUGAGUUCACUCUGAACCGAAUAAUGGUUUCCAGAUCAGAACUUGACCUUCUGGACAUUCGAGCAGAGUUUAAGAAGCGUUGUGGCUAUUCUCUAUAUUCAGCAAUUAAAUCGGAUACUUCUGGGGACUAUGAGAUGGCGCUCUUAAAGCUCUGUGGAGGAGAUGACUGAGUCCAGAACAUCAUCUGCAGAGGUCGCCUGCUCCCACGGUGGGCUUUCCAUCAGCUCUGCUUCCUUCUUGCUCACAGUGUUUCAAAGCACAGGCAGGUGUAAACAGCACCCUGUUUUUCCUAACAUAUUUUCACCGUUCCAUAACAGCAACAACAUGAUUAUCGUAGAGCAUCUCAUCAUAAUGUAGUCGUUUAUAAAUGGAAAUUUUAAAUAAUGUGAAGAAUCUCCUAAUACUGUCUAAAUUUCAUUUCUACUUAGGAAGUGAGCAUCUUUGUACUGUUCUAAAACAUUAAAUGCAAAUCAGAGUAAUAAACGUUGUUGCUUUUAUUAAAUCGUCUGUUUUUAGCGUCUACUGACAUUGUUGGUACCUGGUGUCAGCCACGAAUGAUAUUUUAUAA